UUUGAUUGUAAAGCUGGAUUUGAUUAUAAAGAUUUGAUUCAAUGUUGCGUGAAUCCAAUAAUCAAUCUUUUACCACCCAUCGAUUAGUAAGAAAUAUUUUCAAGCCAAUGUAAUUGUCGUGAAAGGUGAUAUGAAAUUUAAAUUGGAAGCUAUGGUUCAUUUUGCCUAACCUUGGAUCACAGAAUUACUGCUUCAAGGGCUCAUGUCAUACAACAUAACUUCAAUAACCUCACAAGCAAAAUGUUAUUGGAGCAGUUAAUACACUCUUGGGUUCUGCCUUUAUGUUCUUGGAUAGCUGAAUGUUGUGUUUAUUGUAAAUGUGAUAAGCAGAGUUCCUCGCAAGAUAAUGAAAAUAUGAACAUCACAUCAUACUCCAAUAUAGGGAAUGCUACAUCGGAUUCUAACGACGAUAACACCACGUCAAACUCCAAUAUAAGGAAUGCUACAUCUGAUUCUAAUGACGAUAACACCACGUCAAACUCUAAUAUAAGGAAUGCUACAUCUGAUUCUAAUGACGAUAACACCACAUCAAAUUCCAAUGAUGAAAACGAAUCAUUGAAAUUUAAAAUAUGUUCAAUCUUAUGCUCAUCUGUUGAAACAACUAGUUGUUUACUCUCCUUUGCCGUCUUAAUCACUGUGAUUUGUGGACAAAUUGUUUAUUUGAACCAGCUUACAACCGAGCGAUGUGUGGGUACUGAACACCUUUUAACCAAUUAUUCAACAACAACUUCUGUUCUUCUAUCACGAUUAACAGGAGAAGUAUUCAUAGUCUUCUUCCUUAAUUUAUGGUACCCUUUCACUAUGGUGUUGCUGUUGGGAUGGGAAAAAGCUCACAUAAACAAUCUUAUUAUUUGUGUUAUCACGAGUAUUAUUGCUGUGCUUUACAAGGUAUGCUUGUACAUAAUCGUUGAUGGUUAUAUUACUGGAUGGUGGAAAAGAUUAAUUUCAACUGGUGUAAUGUUAAUUGGCAUCAUCAUUACUUGUCUUUGUAAUACAUCAUAUCAGGCAUCGUCAAAAGUUAAUAAAAUUCGGAAUCUUCGGAAAAAUAUGUUGUUAACAAUUGGACUGAUUUUUUGUUCUGCUACACUGUUCACUUUUGUUUAUGGAGAACUUUUUGUCCCCUGGUUUAAUAAUCAGUCAAGUGACGUUUCAAAGAUCUUGGUUGCCGCCAUGGUUCCUUUAACAGGAAAUAUUCCAGUGGCCAUAAGUAAAUACAUAGUGCUUGUUCCUCUUAAAAAUAUCAUCGAGGUUAAUCCUUCACGAUCAUAUAUUUUGGUGUAUUUUAAUCACGUGGUACCCAUUGCUCUUUAUCGUGUCAUGCAAUCUGAUGUAAAACAUUUCGAGUACUUUAUACUGUUUUCUUUUUUACAAGGACUUAUCGAUAAUGUUACCAAGCUGACACGCAAAUAUCGCAGCUAUUUGUUCGAAAGGUUUUUAAAAUGUUGGAAGAUAACACCCGUACCAUAUUGUGAAAAACAUAACAGACGAUUAGAAGCUGACAUCUACAUUCAAGAAAUACUAUUUCAAUUUGAAAUGCUGAUCCUUGCUCAGUUAUAUACGAUCUUUUAUCGCAUGGACACGUUCCAGUCAUAUUCUUUUGAUGGAUCAAGUUUGCUUCGAUUAUUUGUUGGUCUUUUAAUGGAGUUUAUAUUUGCUUGUCUUUCAAUAAGAAUUCUGAUUUGGCAAGAAGGCAUCAAGAUCAAGAACAUUUUGAAAAGACACUGGACUCGCCAUGUGCUUGCAAAUGGUCUGAUAACGAUGACAACAGUUUUGUACUUCUCUCCCAUCAUCAUUAACAUAUAUAAAUUUCGUUUUGCAACAGCCGAUGACGUGAAAGAUUUGCGACAUUGCACUUAACAGUUCAUAUAAAACGAUAUUCUAAACACGUCAACAUUUUUACAAAAUAAAUUUCACUAAAAUUUCACUAAUUGAUUUAUUUGAACUGCACAAACAAUAAUUAUCAUUCAUAAAACUUUCGAUCACUGGAAAGCACUAAUGGACAUUUUUAUCCGUUUGAAGAUAUGUAUUAUUUAAAUUUGUGGAAAAACAUUUUUGAAGAAAAACCACAUGAAAUCAGUAGUACCACAUAACAAUAAUUUAAAGCUGAUAUUCACAUGCACGAAGUCCUUGUUUUUUUGAGGCAAAUAUAUUCUUUGUUAAAUGUAUUUCAUCCUUUAUUGUGUAGACGCAAUUAACGGGGAUUUUGAAAAGAGUUUGAAUUCUUUACAAUAGAUGUACUCGAGCCACUUCUGGUCUUUGUUUUUCUUUGUCUCAUCAGAGCUUCAGAUUAAACAACGAAAAUUUAAGAAUAAUCCAGACAAACAUUGGGAAAGUCAUGUGUUAACAGAUUCCUUUGAUUUUGAUGACCCUAAUUAUAUUUCUCUCCUUUCAUUCUCACAAAAAUUGAAUCAUAUUUUUGUAAAUAAAUUGCACAUUUCACCUAGCUGAAUCAAUAUGUAUAGAAAUUGAUCUUUUAUGCUUUAACAUACCAGUGAUAUAUUCUUGCUUCAUUUUAAGCAUUUGUUCAUAUAAAUAUUUAGAUAUAGAUAAUACGAACGCAUCCAAUAGCAUAUUAGAAUUUCUCAUAAACUCUCUUGCACUGUAAAGUUUAAAUUCAAAAACAACAAAUGUGAUUUCAUGUCAAUAAAAAGUGAUGCAGCUGC